UCCCUUGGAGCCACAGUCAAAAGCCUCUGUGGGGAGGGCCAGACAGCGGGCUGAGCCCUACAAAACCCGCCCCGGACCUGCUGGCGAGGCGAGCUUCCCAGCCGGGCUCCCCAACCCGCGCCGCGCAGGGGACGCGGUGGCCGGAGAGCCUGCGAGUCCCUGGACCCGCCGGGGCUCUGAGCGGGCGCCCACCAUGCGCCCCCGGACGGCGCCAAGACCGCCUGCGCUGCUGCUGCCGCUCGUGCUGGCGCUCCUGGCGGCGGCGCCCGCAGCGGGCAAGGGCUGUGUCUGUAAAGGUAAAGGCCAGUGCUUCUGCGACGGGACCAAAGGGGAGAAGGGGGAGAAAGGUUUUCCCGGACCCCCUGGCUCUCCUGGCCAGAAGGGAUUCCCAGGUCCUGAAGGCCUGCCUGGACCAGAGGGACCCAAGGGUUCACCAGGCCUUCCAGGACUCACUGGUCCCAAAGGAGUCAGGGGAAUAACUGGAUUACCAGGAUUUUCAGGUCCUCCUGGACUUCCAGGCACCCCAGGCCAUCCUGGACCUUAUGGACUUGCUGGUUUGCCAGGAUGCAAUGGUUCUAAGGGUGAGCAAGGGUUUCCAGGACUUCCGGGGACACCAGGCUACCCAGGGAUCCCGGGUGCUGUCGGUUUGAAAGGAGAAAAGGGUGCUCCUGCUGAAGGGGGAGGGAUAGAACUUGACCGGAAAGGUGACCCCGGGUUGCCAGGAACUCCAGGAUUCCAGGGUUUGCCAGGCCUUCCAGGUUUUCCCGGACCUGCUGGCCCACCUGGCCCUCCAGGAUUCUUUGGCUUUCCAGGAAUCAUGGGACCUCCAGGACCUAAGGGCCACAUGGGCGACAAUGUGAUAGGACAAAAAGGAGAACGGGGUGUGAAAGGAUUAACAGGACCCCCCGGACCACCAGGAACAGUAAUUGUGACGCUCACCGGCCCGGAUAACAGAACGGACCUCAAGGGCGAGAAAGGGGACAAGGGAACCAUGGGAAAAUCCGGACCUCCUGGACCCUCAGGACCACCUGGAGAAUCUUAUGGAUCUGAAAAAGGUGCUCCUGGAGAACCUGGUCCACAGGGAAAACCAGGAAAAGAAGGUGCUCCUGGGUUCCCUGGCACUCAGGGAGCCAAAGGCAACAGAGGCUUCCCUGGGUUAACUGGUGAAGACGGCAUUAAGGGGUGGAAAGGGGACAUUGGCCCUCCAGGAUUUCGUGGUCCAACAGAAUAUUACGAUGCUUACCAGGAAAAGGGAGAUGAAGGAAUUCCAGGCCCACCAGGGCCCAAAGGAGCUCGUGGCCCACAGGGUCCCAGUGGUCCCCCUGGAGUUCCUGGAAGUCCCGGGUCAUCAAGGCCUGGCCUCAGAGGAGUGCCUGGAUCACCAGGCAUGAAAGGAAAUAAAGGUGAACAAGGACCCCCAGGAAAGGAUGCAGUGGGGCCACCUGGGUCCCCAGGUUGUCCUGGUUCACCAGGCCCUCCAGGGUCACCGGGACCUCCAGGACCACCAGGUGAAAUCAUUUUUCGCGAAGGUCCACCUGGAGAUGGUGGGCUUCCAGGCCAUGUAGGGUCUCCAGGAAUCCCAGGAGUCUAUGGGCCCAAAGGGGAACCGGGCUUCUUGUGCACACAGUGCCCUUAUGUCCCAGGGCCUCCAGGUCUCCCAGGAUUGCCGGGGUUAGAUGGUGUAAAAGGAAUCCCAGGAGGACCAGGAGCAGCUGGCAUUAAAGGAAGCACGGGGUCCCCAGGAAGUGUGGGUCUUCCAGGAUUUCCGGGAUUCCCAGGUGCUCAGGGUGACCCAGGACUCAAAGGAGAAAAAGGCGAAGCUCUGCAGCCAGAAGGACAAGUGGGUGCCCCAGGGGAUCCUGGGCUCCGAGGGCAUCCUGGAAGAAAGGGCUUGGAUGGAAUUCCUGGAAUUCCAGGAGUCAAAGGAUUACCAGGACCUAAAGGCGAACUGGCCCUGAGUGGUGAGAAGGGGGACCAGGGUCCUCCAGGGGAUCCUGGCACCCCUGGGUCUCCAGGACCUGUAGGACCGGCUGGACCAUCAGACUAUGGAUUACACGGAGAGCCUGGUCCAAAGGGCACCCAAGGAGUUCCUGGAGCCCCUGGACCACCUGGAGAAGCCGGUCCUAAGGGAGAAUUCAAUGUUUUGACACCAGUCCCAGGCCCCCCAGGAUUUCCAGGGCCCCCAGGCCGUGCUGGGCCCCGAGGCCCACCUGGUAUCCCUGGAUCCAUAGGAAAAUGUGGUGAUCCGGGUAUUCCUGGGCCUGAUGGUGAACCAGGAAUUCCAGGAAUUGGAUUUCCUGGGCCUCCUGGACCUAAGGGAGACCGAGGUUUUCCAGGAACAAAAGGAUCACCAGGUUGUCCUGGAGAAAUGGGAAAGCCAGGGUUACCCGGACAGCCAGGCCUCCCAGGAGCCAAGGGAGAACCAGGACCAGCCAUGCCUGGGGAACCAGGAAUACCAGGUUUUCCAGGAGAAAGAGGCAUUUCUGGGGAAAAUGGAGAAAUUGGACACCCUGGACUUCCAGGUCUCCCUGGAUUUCCAGGAACUGGAGGGCUUGAUGGACCACGAGGGGAUCCAGGGCAGUCUGGACCACCCGGAGAAAGAGGACUCCCAGGAAGGUGCACAGAGGGUCCCAGGGGAGCCCAAGGACUUCCAGGCUUAAAUGGAUUAAAAGGGCAACAAGGCAGAAGAGGCGAAACAGGGCCAAAGGGAGACCCAGGUAUUCCAGGUUUGGAUAGGUCAGGAUUUCCUGGAGAACCUGGACCACCAGGAAUACCAGGUCAUCGAGGUGUGACGGGACCACCUGGUCAAAAAGGAUAUCCAGGAAAUCCAGGAUUUUUAGGGCCACCAGGUGAAAAAGGAGCGGUUGGGACGAUGGGCUCUCCCGGAUUCACUGGCCCUCCGGGGCCUCCUGGAAAGCCAGGCACCCCAGGACAGAGGGGCAGCUCUGGAAUUCCAGGAGUAAAGGGCGAGAGAGGGCCCCCAGGAGCCAAGGGGGACGAAGGAGACAAGGGAGCCUCAGGGUCUUCUCAAAUAUCCCACGUACUGGGGGACAAAGGAGAACCAGGCCUCAAAGGAUUUGCAGGAAAGCCUGGUGAGAAGGGAAGCAAAGGCAUCCCGGGGUUACCAGGUUUAAAAGGACUCGAAGGGCCACCUGGACCAUCAGGACCACCAGGCCCCAGAGGAGAUCCGGGCAGCACUGGGCAUCCUGGAGAACCAGGACCUCGUGGUGUGCCAGGAAGCAUGGGGAACCUGGGGGUACCAGGUUCUAAAGGAACAAGGGGAACUUUGGGACUCCCAGGUCCACCCGGAAGACCAGGCCUCCCAGGUAUUCAUGGUCUCCCAGGAGACAAGGGAGAGCCAGGUUACUCAGAAGGUACAAGACCAGGACCACCAGGACCAAAGGGAGAUCCAGGAUUGCCAGGUGACACGGGAAAGAAAGGAGAAAGAGGGCCACCAGGUGCACCUGGAUAUUUGGGGCCUGCUGGACGUGACGGAGUCCCUGGACAUCCCGGAAGUCCUGGCCUCCCAGGAAAGCCCGGUCCUGAUGGUGAUUUGGGAUUUAAAGGAAUCAAAGGCUUCCCCGGCUCUCCAGGAGUAAAAGGGCCUCCAGGCCCUCCAGGAUUCCCAGGAAAUCCUGGACCAACGGGUGUGAGGGGGGAGCAAGGACGUGAUGGAAUUCCUGGUCCAGCGGGAGAAAAGGGAGAAACAGGGUUGCUGGGGGCACUUCCAGGCCCAAGAGGGAACCCUGGUCCUCGAGGAGCCAAAGGAGACAGGGGAGCUCCAGGCUUGCCCGGUCUCCCUGGCAGAAAAGGGACAGUGGGAGAUGUGGGGCCACAAGGUCCCAUUGGCAUGACAGGACCCCCAGGGCCCCCAGGUUUUCCUGGUGCAGUCAUCCCCGGCCAAAAAGGAAAUCAAGGCCCACCAGGCUUCCAAGGAAACCCAGGUGAGCCUGGUCCCCCUGGACCUCCGGGGAGUCACACAGAAGGCAUAAAAGGAGACAAGGGAUUUAUGGGCAGGCCUGGCUCAAGAGGUCCGCCUGGAACUGUAGGAGACAUGGGGCCACCGGGUCAUCCGGGACCACCAGGUACCCCAGGUCACCCAGGGCUCCAAGGCGAUCCUGGAUUCCACGGAUUUCCAGGCAUGAGAGGUGAGAAGGGUAAUCCAGGAUUUCUGGGAUCAACUGGGCCUCCAGGGCGACCUGGGCCAAAAGGACCACCCGGUGCACAUGGAGACCCUGGCACAGUUCAGAUCAUCUCCCUUCCAGGAAGCCCAGGGCCACCUGGCCUAGUUGGAGAACCAGGAAUGCAAGGAGAACCUGGGCCCCUGGGGCCACCGGGAAAGCCAGGACCCUGUGGGCCAAGAGGUAAACCAGGCAAGGAUGGAAAACCAGGAACUCCUGGACCACCUGGAGAAAAAGGUGACAAAGGUUGUAAAGGAGAGCCAGGACCACCCGGGUCAGACGGACCGCCAGGUUUGAAGGGGAAACCUGGGUUCUCUGGAGCACCUGCUACCGGAGCAGCAAUGAGAGGCUUCAUCUUCACCCGGCAUAGUCAGACCACCGCGAUUCCUUCCUGUCCGGAAGGGACGGAGCCGCUCUAUAGUGGGUUUUCUCUUCUCUUUAUACAAGGAAAUGAACAAGCCCAUGGACAAGACCUGGGAGCUCUUGGCAGCUGCCUGCAGCGAUUUACCACAAUGCCAUUCUUAUUCUGUAACAUCAACAAUGUAUGUAAUUUCGCAUCGCGAAACGAUUAUUCAUACUGGCUGUCAACACCAGCACUGAUGCCAAUGGACAUGGCUCCAAUUACUGGCAGGGCCCUGGAGCCUUAUAUUAGCAGGUGCACUGUCUGUGAAGGUCCUGCGAUUGCCGUAGCCAUUCACAGCCAAACCACUGACAUUCCCCCAUGUCCCCAUGGCUGGAUUUCUCUCUGGAAAGGAUUCUCUUUCAUCAUGUUUACAAGUGCAGGUUCUGAGGGCGCUGGGCAAGCACUGGCAUCUCCCGGAUCCUGCCUGGAGGAAUUCCGAGCCAGUCCAUUUAUAGAAUGUCACGGAAGAGGAACGUGCAACUACUAUUCAAAUUCCUACAGUUUCUGGUUGGCUUCAUUAAACCCAGCAAGAAUGUUCAGAAAACCUAUUCCAUCAACUGUGAAAGCUGGGGAGUUAGAAAAGAUAAUAAGUCGCUGUCAAGUGUGCAUGAAGAGAAGACUUUGAAGAAAUAAAAAGAAAUAGAACUGUUAUUUUUGAUCCUAAAUAACCAAGUAAUGAUGCAGAAUACACAUUUAUUUAGGUAUUUUUCUCCAAACAAACAAUAUCACUCUAUGAUGGCUUAGUACAAAGUUUCUAUUUGUUUCCCCACACAACAAAACAUUUCUGUUGGUUCUGUGAUCCUGAUCUCUAAAUCUGUGCUGUUUCAAAGUUCCCUAUGGUAAAGCCCCAGACUUUUCACAAAAUAUCACUGAAAUGGUAUUCCACUUGUAUCCAGUGCACUGUCCAAAUGGUGAUUGUAUAAAGUAUGAUGCUACAAGUGAAGAGCUAUUUGGUCCCCUGGGCCCCAAGAUCUGCCCCCUUCUAUUCCAGUCUUUGAGACUCAGGGAGACUAAAUCAGUUUUAGAUUGCGCCACCACCCACUUCCUGAACCUCUAGACCCUGGGUAGGAAAGGAGAUAGAGGCAAGUGGAGUCCUAGAGCAUCAUGGACGGAACUGGACUCUCAGACCUGUUGAGUAAUCGAAGGCCUGAGGGAACCAGAACUGAAGUGAGGUUCUUGGAUUUUCUAGGGCUCUGUUAAACAUGCCUGAGACUAACGCCAAAUGGAGGUUCCCCAAAUGGAAUCAUAACAGCCUUGGAAAUCCUGUAUGGUUUUGUUUUUUUAAGAUUUUUUUUGUUUGUCCAUGGAAACCAUUUCACUGCAGCAAUAUAGCCUACUUGUAUUCAAAGUAGAUACAAUUUUCAGGCUUAGUGAAUUAAUUUUAGUAGGAUAUUUUUACACACAUACUCUGAAACGUGUCUGACCUUAACUUCUCUUUUACCAGCACACCCACACAAAGAACAAGGACACAACUUAUUAGAGCUGCACUUUAUCCCCAUCUCUAUCAAUGUUGGUGCAUACCUUACAUAUAUUUGAGUAGUUCAGUAAUCCAUGAAAGAACUUACGGCAUUUGUCUGCUAAUCAGGCUCAGAAUAUUUUUCCUUUGCUCUAAAUAUUCCAUUUAACCUGGGUACUUAGAGAUUAAUUUCCUUGUUACUUCUCUAAUUCUUCCUUUGUAAAAACAUGGUUUUUUAUGUUACAUAUUCUUACAAACCAUAUUGAAAGAGUCCACUGUGUAAAAAUCUUAAUGUACAGGGGCUGGCCCCGUGGCCGAGUGGUUAAGUUCGCGCGCUCCGCUGCAGGCGGCCCAGUGUUUCGUUGGUUCGAAUCCUGGGCGCGGACACGGCACUGCUCAUCAAACCACGCUGAGGCAGCGUCCCACAUACCACAACUAGAAGAACCCACAACGAAGAAUAUACAACUAUGUACCGGGGGCUUUGGAGAGAAAAAGGAGAAAAUAAAAUCUUAAAAAAAAAAAAAUCUUAAUGUACAAAUUGUAGAGCUUGGCAGCUGUAUGUCUUAAACCUUGCUUUUCAGUGUGUUGAUACAUUCCCAAGUUACUUAAUCCAACUUAACAAGCAUUUUAUUUAGUGCCAAGCCAUGCCCCAGGCACUGUGCUAAAUUAUAGAGAUACGAAGAGAACAAAAAACGAGUGACUUGUUUCUGAUCUAAUAUCCUAGAAAAUGUAACUCAUUGUUUCUGUUACGAAUCCCACAUAUCUGAGUUGCUUUCCUCCUUUUCCUCCUUUGUCACUGUUCUUAUAUUUCACCAUCAAAUUCAGCAGGCCUCAAUAAAGGUUUAAAAGUAAGAUCUGUGCACAGGGAGAGCCCAGGACUUCUAGCUUCUCUUAGACAUCACAGAAGCCGAGGUCGGGACAAUGUUAAGAAAACAAAGAUCUGCCAAACAUUAAAAACCAUUUAUAUUUGAUGGUAGCACUAUUUGCUGGGUCUCAGAAGCCAGGCAUCUGAGACAAAGCUCUAAAGAUGCUUCUUGAUCCACCAAGGUGGAGUUGGCGGUGCUCAUAUUUAAAUUCAGGUUAUUGCUUCAACCUCAGUUGCUUUGUAAGUGAAGAUGUGACCCCAGGGGACAGCACAGACUUUGACCAUGGUCCGCAUCCUUCACGGCUCACGCGACUGCUGUCAAGCCAUUUUUACACUUAAACUAAGAAGUGCAUUUUACUUAGGUUAUUUCCUUAAACUCACCUACUAUUACUAUUUUUGCUCUAAAAAUAAUCCUACUGUCCCCACUGUACUAUAAUGGCAUCUAGGGCUAGCGGAUCUCCACAAACCCUCUGUAGACCAGUAGUUCUCAGAGUGUGGUCCCUGCCCCAGCAGCAUCAGCAGCAUCUGGGAACUUGUCACAAGUACAGAUUCCAGGGCCAAUCUCAGAUCUACAGAAUCAGAAGCUCUGGGGCCAGAAAAUUCAUCUUAACAAGCCCUCCAGGUGAUUUCCAAUGCACUCUAAGGACUGAAAAAUAAUUGCUCUAGGCAAACACCCAAGAAACAAUUCUACAGAAAGUUACCAGGUACAGCUGGCUACAAUUGCUCCAUCACUGCCUCUCCUUCAAGUCCAUAGUCACAAAUGACCUAAAGGUCAUCUAAUUUGACUAAAAAGUAAUGAGUAAAAGCCCUAGAUUGGUGCUAAUGCCAAAUGAUUGGCCUUUGCUUGUCCCUAAGGCCCCACCUUCUCUUGCCCUCUAUCAGUGUUGAACUUCUGAGGAAGACAAGUGAUGCUGAAAUCUUAAAUUCCAAUGAAGCCAUAUUAACAGUUGCUCAGACUGAGCAUUAAAACAUAGCUCAUGUGCAUUACUUUCCAGGUACCUAUGAGUAGCUUAUAAUGUUAUGAAGAUCUCACUUUGUAGAUAAAAUGUAAAUAAUUUAUUUCUUUUACAUUUGGGGCUCCAACUUAGGAAUUUCACAGUGUGCUACAAUAAUGGAUUUCUCAGCGGUGUCUCUUUUUUGCAAGACAAACAUUAUUAAGUAACUUAUUUAUAAAAGUAUUACAAUAAUGCUAAAUUUAAUUUUUAUUGCUAAUUUAACUUACAAAGAUUUUUCUAUGCAUCAAAUGUAACUUACUGCUACUAAACUUAAUUUAAAAUUUACUCUAUAACCAAAUGAAAUAUAUUUAAAAUAUAUCGAAUAUUUUAUAUUAUAUUCUGACAAAAUUACAAUAUUGUAAUGUACUAAUAUUUCUGUAUUUACAGCUAAAAUAAUGUUUUAUUGUGUUGUCUAAGAAUAAAAUUG